AUGUCGGAUGCCAGUGGGGGCGGCUCCGAGCUUAUGCAGCACCGACAAAUUGAAUUGGAGCGAAGGAUUGAGAAUUUUAGCAGGUGAGGAAAAUUUAAUUUUGUUUUUCUUAAUUUAGGUAUGAAAUUGAGGAAGACGGAGAAAAUAGCAAAAAAAAUAAUGCGACACAAAGCAAUGUUGUUUCAGAUUGGAGUAGGAUACUUGCCUCUUCACAGUCAAUCAUUCUUUGCUAUCUGCGGACAGAAAUACAAGCAGAAUUUUUGAUUUUCUCUCCGGUUUUUCCAACAAACUCACCUAAAAUAAUAUAGUUUCAUAAAAGUUUGAAACUAAUGUAUUAUCCACAUAUUUUCAGUCUCGACUACACAGAAUUCCAUGCUUCAUCUCGUCGGCAUGUCAGAGAGAAGUCAGCUCUCUUCAAGGUAGGUCUUUCAACCCACUUUUAUCUUACUCUUUAGGCCCUGUGUCACUUCGAAGAUGAGUUGGUUGAAGAACUCGACCAUCCGGAUGCUGAGCAAGAAAAUACGGAGAAGUUGACGAGGGUCUACACCCAUCUAGGGCAUGUGCAUUUGUUGGCUUUGGAUUGGAUAAAAGCGUUGUCGGCUUAUCAAAAGGCUUACAAGUUGGCUGGAUCCGCCUUCCCGAAGGAUGAGAGCUGUUUGUAUGGGCUGGGACUGAGCUACUUUCACUUUAGAUUGUACAAACCGUAA